AUAAUAGUUUUAGAAACGUCACUUUAACAUCAAAAAGCGUACAUAAUUUCUCGCGAAUAAUUCCUCUCACAGUCGCCUUCCAUGAAAUCCGAACUGAGUCCUGAAGCACCGAUAUACAUUCCACCACCAUUAAGAAAUGCUACUCCAAAAUCGUCCCCUUCUUCAACAAAAUCAAGCCCGGGUUCAAAUUCGAAAGAACCUCAAUGUUCAAGGUAUUCCAGGAAAAACAUUAGGUCGAUGAUCGAGAACGAAAACAGCCCAAGGCCUAUUCUGGGCAACUAUGUGUCCACCCCUAGGCCGAUUCUGGGAAGAGGAGAAAACAACAUCAGAAAAGUGAAAGAUGAUGCUGAUAAAUAUAUAGGUAGAGAAUUUCGGAGAAGUUUUAAGAAAGUCUUUAAAGAAGAAAAGUCCUUAUCAGUCGUAGAAGACGAAAAUAUGGAAGAAGAUGAAUGUGAGUAAAGAAGCAAAUAAGUUAGAAGAUUUAAAUACGUUCUACAAUUUUAUUUCUUGUGAUUGUUUCUUAUUGUUUAUUAAAGUGAAUAAAUGUUGUUAAGUCAA